GCUGCCGGCGUCCUGGUUACCAUAGUAACCGCGCGGCAUGGCGGACAAGAGGUUCAGCGGAGCGCCCUUCGGCAGCCAGAGUGCCAGAUUUGAUGUAUCGGCAAUUCACCCUGAUAAUAAAAAACCUGGUACAUACACAGAAGUACCCUACUGCCGAAAGGCAACGUCAGAGGAAGUUAGGCGACUGGGACCAGGAACAUAUGAAGCUGCUCCAGGUGAUUUCAGCCCGUUGGUCCUUCAGAGAAAGGCUGCAGGACCGGGCUGGAAGAGAGAAGAAGAAACGAAAAGGCUCUCACAAAUGCCACACUUUUUGUUCAAGGAAACACUGGAGAGGAACCAUUUGCUGAGGCAGAGCUUGGGUCCUGGACGCUACAACAUGAAGUCUUUUGUGGAAAUCCUGGAGGAGAAGCCUGCUAGUGAACUGGGAGUGUGUAGCACUAGAGAAACUCGAUUCAAGGAGGAUCAGAAGAUUUGCAAUCCUGGACCCGGCACUUAUGGGAAUCCAUACAAAUUGACCGAGGAGAGAGCCGCCAAGUCAGCCAGCAGCAAGGGCCUCAUGGAAAAUGAAAAAACUAUUAAUCGGUUACCCCAAUCUGCGGGCUCUGGCUUGGGACCAGGUACAUACAAUGUGAAAAACUUUGUUGCUGAAAGUUUGAAACAUAGAGCUGGCAAAAGGGGACUUUAUGACCUUUCCAUUUCAUCCAGAGAUCAACUCAUAUAUGGACAUUUUGGGUCACAACAUUCCCUGAAACUAAAAGAAUAUGAACCUGGACAGUAUCCAAAAACGUCUUUUACUGAAGAACUGGGAAGUGGAUACAAAAAGAAACACGGAACAUUUGGGAAAAUUGCACAAUAUCCAGAAGUCCCAACAGAGAGGAUGUGCCGCAGCACGCUUGCCCACUGCCCUCGUCCAUCAAAAUCGCCUGGUCCUGGAUUCUAUGACGUCAAACCAUCUUUUACUCCAAGGCCAGAAACUGGAGUUCCUUUCUUGUGUUCUGCUAAACGAUUUGAGAGAAAAUCUUGCAGCUUGCUUUCUGGAAAUAUGAAUCCAGUUGGCGUUGGUCGCUAUGACAUCACCAAAGAACUCCACGGGAAAACAGCAACUUGUUUUAGGGCGCCAUUUUUAUCUAAAUCAGGGCGCUCUUUCGGAAACCCUACAAGAUACAAAUUUUUAGAGGAGCGCAUGCAGCCAAAGAACAUACAUACAGCAACUGUGAGAUCUCCACACAUUUCACUCAUCACUGCUUGAAACUCAUUAGUACAGCAGAUCACAGGCUUAAAGAAAGCCUACAAACUAAUUUCCAAAACUUGGCGAUUUUAACAAUUGACGUGUGCGCGUGGGGGUGAUGAUUCAAUCAAAAAUAAAUCAUGUUUUCAUGGCUUUUGUGAACUGAAAUAAUAUCGAUUUCAAGAAAAAGACUUAACUUCAAAGUAUGUUAUAAUUAAUUUAUUCUUUACAAAUUUUUAAAAGGACCAAAUUGUAUGUUCACCAGGGGACAGUUCAGUUACAAAAUGAAGACUGACAUGUACUUUUAUUUAUGCUUCUUUUAUAGUGAUAUACAAUAAUGCCAGAUUUCCUUGUAGAAACAAGUAUCAAAAAUGAUGUUCAAACUUCCUGUACCUCCUCAGGCCCAUCUACAUUUGUUGUUAUUUAAAUGUCCCCCUUCAGUUCCUACUUCUCUCCAUUUAUUUUGUUUAAUAUCCUUCGUCCAUGUCGGUUUUAUGUCUGUUCUAUCUAUAGCCCACUCCACUCUCCUUCAUCUCCCCUCAACCCCUCUAUAUCUUAACACAAUCUCUAUAUGUUUAACGUCUCUGUUGGGCUCACUCUAUUAUUGUAUCAUAUUACUCCCCUUUCCUUUAUCCUUGCCUCUUCUCCAUCCAUUUGUCUUUCACCUCCAUAUUAGAUAUCCAUUUUCUCUCUUCAUUUUUCAAUUUGUGCCAGUUCUAUUUCAUUAUUCACUAUCUAUGGCAUCCAUGUCCCCCCCACCUCCACAAUCUGCAGUUGGUAACAUUUUCCUGAUUUACAUCCUUUUCUUUCUUACAAAAAACAUCUCCUACGUCCAAAUGGGUCCUCUCUGUCAUAUCUCCUCGACAUAAGUAGAGCUGUUUCUUGACCCACAAUGUUAUAUCGGCAUACCGCCUCUCUCCUCCAAAACUGGAUGCUUCUUCCUAGUAUUCAUCCCCCUCUCUGCAGUUUCUGCA